CUUCUUCUGACUUCUCUGCCUAUAAAACAAAUCACCACUCUCUUUCUUUCUUUGAAUUCAUUCCACAUCUCUCACAAUUUCUUCUUUCACCAUUCAAUACUUAACACCUUCUCUUCCUCAAUUCUCUUAUCUAUUCAGGCACACUGCACAUAACACUUUGCACAAGACAAAAGAGACAUGGCCUUAAACCAGUAUUUUGAGGACGUUGUGCCCCAGUUGGAUUCCUUUGAAGAUAUAUCAUCUCUGAAAACAUGGAAAUGUGCUGGUGAAGAUGAUAUUGCAGAUUCGGAUAAAAAAGCCUCCAGUGGCUUUGAUUGCAACAUCUGCCUGGAGUGUGUGCAAGAUCCAGUUGUCACUCUUUGUGGUCACCUCUACUGCUGGCCCUGCAUUUACAAAUGGCUUAACUUCCAAAGUGCCUCCUCCGAAAAUGAAGAGAAGCAACAAUGUCCAGUGUGCAAAUCAGAAAUCUCACAGUCAUCACUUGUUCCAUUAUAUGGCCGUGACCAAACCACACUACCCUCCAAAGGAAAAGGUCACCAAGUAGGGAUUGUGAUACCAAGAAGACCCCUUGGUCCUUCAUGGCUGACCAACUCAUCAAGAUCACGUGAUUCUGAAACUGUUUCCCGACAUACUUCACAUGUUUAUCACCGCCAUUAUCCCAAUCAUCCUCAACAAUUCAACUCAAUUCCUGGCAGUUACCCUUCAUCAAUGUUCAACACUGGUGGUUCACUAGCCAAUGCAUUUGAUCCAACAUACGGAGUCUUUGGAGAGAUGAUAUAUGCAAGGGUCUUUGGAAACCAAAUGACUAACAUCUACACAUACCCGAAUUCAUAUGAUCUUUCAGGGAACAGUAAUCCAAGGGUAAUAAGGCACUUAAUGCAAGUUGAUAGGUCACUCAAUAGAAUCACAUUUUUCCUCCUUUGUUGCGUAGUUUUGUGUCUUCUCUUAUUCUGAUUGAUAUUCCAUAUUUUUUUUUUCUGCUACAUAUCCCUGUAUAGAAUACAAACAGUAUGCGGAUUCUGCUAUAAGCAUAGUAUAUUUUAGAGUUGUUUGAUGUUGA